GGGAGACAGUGGGAGCCGAAAUCAUUUUCCCUCUCAUACUGUGAGAACGCGUAGAAUCGCAUCUCUCCAAGUGGACGCGCGUCGGUUUGGUUUCACAACCCGAUUGAUUCGGCCGUGUCCGCGCAGCGCCGUCCGUCCGUCCUCACGCUUCUCAGCAAGAUCACCGACUUGCAUUUUGUCUGUGGCAAUGGGACCAUAAAGGAACAAAUUCCAUCGCAUUGAAAAAAAAAUAGAAGUAAACAAAUACGACCAGUGAAGACGCCUCACAAAAGAAGUGGACAUGGAGACGCGCAGAGGAGAUACGCUAUAACAGAUUGGUCAAACCACAUCCAGGAUUUACUUCUCGACUUGAACACUUUUUGUUUCCAAAGGGUUAUAGAAUUUUUUCCUUCUGCUAGAUUUGUUAGUUACGCGCAAGCAUGAACCGAAAGGAGAUGAGGUCGCGUUUGAGAUGCUGGAGCGUGCCGAUGCUGUCUGUCCUUCUGCUCGUCUUCUUGACGCCGCUGUUUGCACAUGCAGGUAACUCUGUGGUGGGAAAUGAAACUGAAGUUGAUAGUGCUGUUAACGUGACCUCCUUGUCUACCGGGGAUGAGGAGGAGAAGAUAGAGGAAGUGUCACAGUUCACCAGCUUAUCCAGCUCCUCAGACCUGACUCGCACCGGACGAAAGUUUAGAGAUGAAGAAGCAGGCAGCGGCAUGCUGGAAGACACCCUCCAGCCAACUCCUGGAGCUCCAACUUCCAGUGAAGGUGCCACAACCACUUUGGCAAGCCCAGAGAUCAGCUCCGAGUCAGCUGAGACCGAACACUUGCUUCUCCAUGAGCCUGUCAGUACCUCCUUCGUGAAGGAGCAUGUCACUCCCUUCAUGGAGGAAGAGGAUGAGGAAGAGCCUACACUACCACCCUGGCAGGAUGCUAAAGAAGACGUGGAGACCACUGUGUUUGACCUCGACUCUGAGACAUCUCCUACAACCCCACCUCCAACUCAUCCCCCUUCCCCGUUCCACGUCACUGUAGAUUUCUUUGACCCUGGCUCCCGCCGCAAGAACCUUGGCCCACCGUCUCAUUCCCCGCAUGAGCUUCAGGGCCGUGACCCCACCUCCUGGUCAAUGCCUGACAACUACGACUACAUGACGCCCUUUGACGACAGUGUGUCUCCCACCACCGAAGAUUACCCCUACAGCAGCACUACUGACUCUUAUGAUGAUGACAUCUCCACUACUCCUCCUUCCAAACGCUUUCCUCCUCGAUUGCCCUCCAACCCUGUUUUCACGCUCCCCAAAGGAUCCACUGUGGGUGCAGGCCCCCGUGCUCCCCCUGGUGUGGUCGAUUCAGUUAACGGCUCUGAAUGUCGACAGGGUUUUGUCCGCAUCAAUGGCUCCUGCAAGUCCCCAUGUGACCUGCAGCCCAACUACUGCUUCAAUGGGGGCCAGUGCUACAUUAUGGAAGGAGCUCAAAUGUUCUGCAGGUGCAACAUCCAGGACUACAUGUGGCACAAGGGUGCCCGCUGCGAGUCGGUCAUCACCGAGUUCCAGGUAAUGUGCAUCGCCAUCGGGGCCUCCGCUCUCAUGGUGCUCCUGCUCUUCAUGAUCGUCGUUUGCUUUGCCAAGAAGCUGCACGUGCUCAAGACCGAGAAUAACAAGUUGCGCAAGCGCAGCAGUAAGUACCGUCCUUCCUCGGAGCACCACAAUGAUAAUUUCUCGUUGUCCACCAUCGCUGAGGGCUCCCAUCCAAAUGUAAGGAAACUUUGCGACACCCCUCCUAACCUCCCUCAUGCCCGUGCUUUGGCUUACUAUGAUAACAUUAUCUGUCAGGAUGAUCCUAAUACCCAGAACAAGCUGGAGGACCCCGUGAAGGCGCCCCCACCCAAAGAGGACGAGUCGCUGAACAUCCAGAACUCGCUCACCCCUAAGCACGAGAACCAUAAGGUGCUGGGCGAGGAGAACUCUUCGGAGGUAAACUCGCUGCAGAACAACAUGAUGUAGAACAGAAACAAGCACCCCACGCCACCACGUCCACGAUCACUUAAAGCAUCGAGCAGCAGACGCUACGAGCAGCCACACCCACCACACCAUCACCACAUGACAGAAAACUUUAAAAACCCCGCCCCUACCCACUCAGUCUCCGCCUCCUGCCCCGCCCCUUGUUGCAGUCCUGUAGUCGACCCACCCCUGACCCAGCCCUUAUAUAUAUAUAUAUACACACACCUACCCCUGCCUAACUGAAUUACGGCAUGCGUUGGUGUAUAUUGUAAAAAAAAAAAAGAAGAAAAAAGUAAAACAUAUUCGGGGUUUAAAAUAUAAAAUGUUGUCAUAAAAGAAAAAGCUACUGAGAGGUUUUGAUGUUUGUCUGACUAAUUCAGUGAGUAUGUAUAAAUAUAUGGAAAAAAUGCUUGGAUUGAUAUAAAGAAAAAACACAAUGUGUCUUUGUUUUGAUGUGAUUUCUAAUCCUUUGAUGUACUUGUUUUAUUUUGUACUUUUUUGGGAAUAUAAACUACGAAGAGAAAAAAAUCUGACAGUUGUUGAAAUAAACCUUUUUAACACUAAA